AUGCCUAUCGAAACUCUAAGAUAUGACCAUACAAUGCAUGGGACCAGGAGUUCUGAUCUAAUGAACGCUCGUAAACGGAAAAGUGCUUUUCAAGAUGAGCAUUGUAUGAAGAAGCGUGUGAUUGACAUCUUCAGCUCACUUAAUAUUGACGAUAAGGCCCCCAGCAGUUUUGAAGGACAAGCGAACCGUAGACCGAACGGAAGUCCGGAAUUUCUGUAUGAUAGGAGCAGCAACGUAUAUGACAAUGGAGAAAAGGUUGUUAUUAGAGACAUUGAUCAGUUUCUCAGGGACAAUCCCGAUGAAUCUAUUUCACAAUAUCAAAAGAUCAAGCCAGACCAAAAGGUAGAGGCCGGCAAACUAUACAUUCCAAAGGUCGAACUGAAUGAAAUUUUCAAUGAAGCCUCCCAGAAAUGUAACCAAAAAUUUCUAGACGCCAAAAAAAGAGAAAUCGAAGAAAAAAUAUAUGCUCAAAGAUUGAGACGAAACCUUUAUUCACAGGACCCAGAUGGAAUGGUCGACGAGGAACCGAUUGAAAUCAGCAAGGAAGAGCUCUAUUAUGAAUUGUACCUUGCCAGAUUUUGGUCUCUUUUAAAAUACAAACACAGAUAUAACGUCAUACUCGAUCAUUAUAAGGCUUGGUGUAAGCGUGAGAAGAUGAGAAACGAUGCCAUAAGAAACAAUAGGCAACAUAAAUACAAAGACGAUCAUAUUCAUGAUAUCAAUGAAGAUGAUAUGUUUGAUGAGUCUGACGUUAUAAGGCCUACUGGAAUCGUUUUAGAGGAAGACGAUGAAGUUCCUCUGCAGAGACCUCAGCAAGAAAUAGAGUGUGGAGAUCAAAUGGAAAUAGAUAUGGAAUUAUGA